CACGGAAGACAAGAUACCAAACAGACAACGCCUCCCUGUAAUCUCUUCUCAAAAGUAGUUUUAGGAAAUUAUAACGGUCGUAAUUUAGAUUUGGUGAAGUAUUUUGCUUGACUUGUGCGCUGACAGCUUAUGAGUUAUGAAUGUGUCGAUAAUGCUCCAGUAGCCGAGCUGCUUCUGCCUCAUUGAAACGGUGAAAACAAACCUUUAGCAGAGCUCACGAGCAGCUGAUGAAGAUGCCUGCUCGUAACGUGGUGUCUAACGGGAUCCCCAACAGCAAUGUUAAAUACUCCAGGCUGGCCACCGAUGAUGACGGCUAUAUUGAUUUACAGUUCAAAAAGAGCCCACCCAAAGUCCCAUACAAAGCCAUCGCACUAGCCACAGUCCUCUUCUUAAUCGGCUCUCUGUUAAUCAUCAUCGGCUCCCUUCUCCUGGCUGGAUACUUUGGAGUCACUCACUCAGACCGAACCGUUCCUGUUCUUAUCAUUGGGAUCCUUGUCUUCCUGCCUGGAAUCUACCACCUUCGGAUAGCGUACUAUGCAUCAAAGGGCUACCGGGGCUACUCCUAUGAUGAUAUCCCUGACUUUGAUGACUGACAAACACCGCAGCUUCAGCCACUGUCUUCCUGUACUCACAUGUACUCCUGAUAAUCUGUUUGUGUUGUUUUAAAUGCACAUAUAUCUCAAAAGAUAAUGGAGUCUGUAAAUGACCUUAAUCUGAAUGAUUUCGCUGUUAUUGUCAUAGGGUUGUAUUCCUAUGUAGUUGCCAGCCUGCUGUUAUGAAGCCAAAUCAGUACCAAAAUUUGUAUAUAUAUGUUUUGUGAGCUUGAUAAAUUAAUCAAACUGUAA